AUGACAUCUGAAAUAAAAGAAAAUGAGAUUAAUACUAGCAAUGAAGAAGUUACACACCUUGAGUUUGUAGGAGAUAAGGCAUCAGAUUACGAUCACGAACUAUUCAUCUCCAGUGAGAAUAUUAUCCUUUUGGAAAAUUUUUUAGAGUCAGCAUUCAAUUUAGUACAGUAUUUAUGGUUAACUUAUGCGAAUCUCAAAGAUAUUGUACAAUACUGUGAAGACAAGAUUAAAGAUGAACAUUAUCAAAAGUCAAUUGUGAAAUUAGAACGGGAUAUGAGAAGUAUGGCUGAAAGAUUCAGUUUGAUGGUAAGAAUGUAUAGGCUUAAAAAGAAAAUUAAUUAUCAACCGACAAACCCAGAAUUAGAUACUAAUUAUACCAUUACCGAGUUUGUUCCACGCGAUAUAAAAUAUAGAGGUAAAGAAUUAUCUUCACACAUGAAAUUUCAAACCUCUGAAGUGAAUUCCACCAAAGAUUGC